ACUUGUAUGGAGAGAGAGAGAGCUAUUGGCCUCUGAAGGGUUGACCAGUUCUGUCCAACCCGUUGCUCUCUCUCCCUCUCUCUCUCCUUCUCUUCCUCACUCCUCCUCUUCCUCGCUCCCUCUAGCUGGAAAAAAAAGGGGGUAAAUUCUUGUAGGCGACUUCACUCCAGGUUUCUGUGGGAUUUAAACAUGCGUGCGGAGGCUUUGGUGAACUGUAUGUUAGUUCCCUUGCUUCUUAUUCUGCUCACGGCUGUCGAGCAAAGUUUGUUACAAUCGCUGGGGCAGGUAUGUACGUUGUCUGCUGAGUCGUCCCAACGGCGGUGCAAGACCCCUGAAGGCCUUAUCUGCAGUGGUAGGGGAGAGUGUGACUGUGGGGCUUGCAUAUGCCAGGUCGCAGAGCCAGGGAACUACUAUGGACCACGCUGUGAAUGCCAUGACUGGGUCUGUGCUACAUAUGACGGGAAGACUUGUGGAGGCCACGGUGUGUGUCACUGUGGGAAGUGUGAGUGUGAUGAGGACUGGUUCGGGGAGGCCUGCCAGUACCAGGAAGACUGUAACCUGACCAACAAGAAGAGCAAGGAGCUGUGCAGAAACCCACAGGGAGUAGUGUGCUCCAACGCAGGCUCCUGUCACUGCGGCAGCUGCAUGUGUCACAACCCCGAUGGCAAGAGUCUGGUAACAGGACGUUUCUGUGAGUGUGACGACAGCGAAUGUCUGGACGAGGACAACGGAGAGGUGUGUGGAGGCCACGGUCAGUGUUACUGUGGCAACUGUUACUGCGCGGCCGGUUGGCAUGGAGACAAAUGUGAAUUACAGUGUGACAUCAGCCCGUGGGAGAGCAAGCGGAGAUGUACGUCUCCGGAUGGCAAGAUCUGCAGCAACAGAGGUACCUGCAUAUGUGGGGAGUGUACAUGCUAUGAUGUGGAUCCAUCAGGGGACUGGGGUGACAUUCACGGGGACACCUGCGAGUGUGAUGAGAGGAGCUGUCACGCAACCUACGACAGAUACUCUGACGACUUCUGUUCAGGACAUGGCCAGUGUAACUGUGGAAGGUGUGACUGUAAGGAAGGCUGGAUGGGGAAGAAAUGUGAGCACCCUCUGUCCUGCUCCUUGUCUCUGGAGAGCAGCCUGAAGAAGUGCAAGGGAACGUCUAACAUGCCCUGCUUCGGACGAGGUCUGUGUCAAUGUGGUCAGUGUACCUGCCAUCCCCCAGGGGACACUCGUGUGCAUGGGAGGAACUGUGAGUGUGAUGACCGCCAGUGUGAGGACACCAGCGGGGAGAUAUGUGGAGGUCAUGGUUUCUGUUCAUGCGGCCGGUGUAUCUGUGGUGACGGCUGGUUUGGGAAGUUGUGCUCGUUCCCUCGGACAUGCGAAAUGACUGACGCUCAGAGCAAAGAGCUGUGUGAGACCGCCGAUGGAGUCAUGUGCAAUGGAAAAGGGUCGUGUCACUGUGGCCGGUGUAUCUGUUCUGGAUCUCCUCAGGAUUGGUGGGUCUCUGGGGAGUAUUGUGAGUGUGACGACAGGGAGUGUGAUAAGCACGACGGACUCAUCUGCACAGGGAAUGGGAUGUGCAACUGCGGCAACUGUGACUGCUGGGAUGGCUGGACGGGGAACGCAUGUGAGAUCUGGAUGGGAACUGAAUACUAACACCACAGAACAUUUCAGUAGCUACACAAAGAGACUGUGCUAUCAGAAAAGGUGUGAAACACCAAAGGAAGGAGAGGAAUGGAGAGGAGGAUAAAAAAAGAAAUCAACCAAACUGGGAUGUUAUUCUUCAUUCAGAUUUCUGCAUAUCACUUGUAUAACAGCAUUCAUUGUACUGGUUACAAAUCAUCUUUAUUAAAACGAUGUUCUUUUUUUGUAUGCAAGAAAAAAACUUUUGUAGCAAAAAUAUGUUUUUUUUUGUCUUUAGAAGACCUUACCAUGUAACCCUUUAUAUGUUUCCAAUAUAACUAUAUGUAUGGCAA